AAACAAAACUUCUGUAAUUUGAAAGAGCAAUGAGAUGACAUCACUGAAAAAAGCACCAACCAAACAUCACCAAAAUCACAGACAGACCAAACACUCCCUCACAUAUAUUUACAUGGUCUAUACUUCAGGAAAGAUGAAACACAUCUCAGGGGUUAUUUGGAUUUGCUGAUGGAACUUGAGAAUGUUCUGGAAUGAGUUCUGUCAUUGUGACGCAACAGAAGAAGCCGCUGCAAAAAGGUGAAGAACAGAAAGGCGGAGUUUCAGUGUUUAUUUGAACUUUCUAACUGACAGGCUGUUUAACCGAGUUCAGUGCUACAAUGCAGCAUUUAAUGAGUUUAGCUCGCUCUCGGGCGGCAGGUCUUCCACUGCGCCCCCUGCUGUAUGCGGCUGGAGCUGCAGCCACGGCCGCAGGAGUUUAUUAUUAUUUUAAGAAGCGUGGCGAUGGCGAUGGGGAGAGAACAGCGGACACAACUCUCACCGAGGGCCCAGUACAGACCCAGCUCCCUGCAGUAGAUGAUUCUUUGCUGGAUCCAGACUUGAUGUCUGAGGUGGAUGGAGUCAGUGUCACACAGACUGACAGCACUGUCCCUCAGGAGUCUCUGAGUGAGGCUGAGGAGAAGAAGCAGAAGGUGUCCAGUGCUCCAGUGGACAGCGAGAGGUCCAACCUGGAGGACAGAGUGAGGGAGCUGGAGGAACUGCUCUGUGAGGAACACAGAGAGUGUGAGAGAAAAACCAAGGACUAUGGGGCGGAGUGUCAGGCUCACACAGCCCUGAACUCUCAGUACAACGAGAUUAAGGAAACUUUAACACACAUUGAGGGGUUAGUAAAGGUGUCUCUGACUGAAGCUGAGGAGAAAUACAAGCGGGCGAUGGAGUCUGAAGCUGAGCUGGAGAAUGAGAAGUUGGACUUGAUGUCCCAGGCCAACACACUGCGUGGCUCGGUGAAGCAGUUGGAAGAACAGUUCUCUGAGACACGCAGGAGGAAUGAUGAGAUAACGAGGGAGCUUGGCAUAGGGCAGGGCAUUCUCACAUUUGAGAAGUCCAAGGCUGAAGAGCAGGUGAAAGAUUUAAAGCAGAAAAUCAGUUCACUGAAGGUCUCUCUGGAUGAAGCUGAGGUGAGAUACGCGGAGUCAUUGGAGUCCAUUACUGAACUGCAGAAUGAGAACUAUGACCUGGUGGAUGACAUGAACACACUGCAAGAAGCAGUGGAUGAUUUGGAGGAACAGCUCUCUCAGACCCAGACAAGGUGUAAUGAGGCAACGGCAGAGACAGAAAGAAAAACUCAGGAGUUGAGGGAUCUACGUUCCAAGAGGGAAUUGUUGAAAGAAACUGUACUAAAGGAUUAUGAGACAGAGCGUGUAGCUCACUUCGCCCUGAAGUUGCAGUACAAUGAGCUGAUGGAACGGCACAACCAGCUACUAAACGACACUUUGGCUGAAGCUGUGGCAAAAUGCGAGCAGGCGAUGGAGUCAAACGCUCAGCUGGAGAGUGAGAAGUCAGACUUGAAGUACCAUGUGCACAAAAUGGAAGGUGCAGUGCAGAAGCUGGAGAAACUUCUGGAUGAAGUAGAGAUAUCGUGUGAUGUGAUAAAGCAAGAUCGUGAGCGAGAACGGGAGGCUUACAACAUCCUGAAGUCACAGUACGAAGAGGCAUUAAACCGUGUGAUGAAUUACUAAUGAAAUCCGAGGAGCCUGAUGAUUUAUGAACCCCAGAUAACUACCAGGGGUGGCCUAUGGGCCUUUGGGCCACUGGAGCAUUGACUCAGAUCUAGCAGGAACACUUGACCCAUCUGUUACUCUGUUGGCUAUGCAAUUCUGAAGCCUAGCUCUCCUUUCUAGGACCUCUAGCCCCUGACAUAUUAGCCAAGCAUCUCACCAUGGAGCUCCUGUUUUGGCUGCUUCAAAUUUUGCCUGUGGUGUCUGUGAGCUGCUAGAUGCUGAACUCUUACAAUAAGCUUCCAGAGCCAACUAUGACAUGUGUGGCUCUGCUGUUGCUUUGGAUUUUUUUGUUUUGGCCUAUUAGCAGUGUUGGUUCAAGUUUUGUGAAGGAAAAUGGAGUGGCACACCACUCCAAACUGUUAGCACUGGUAUAGCCGAAUGGGUGGAUCAAUGGAUGUUAUUGGGCAGGAGGGGAAGGGAGCGAAGGACAGACUCCGGCCUUGUAGUCACGAUAGCUCAGAGCAUGAGAUGGAGCGAGCCACUGGAAAAAUAGCAAACAACAGCUUAGCUAUCUCAGACACAGUGAAGUGAAGCUAACAAGCUAUGUUAGAAGUAGCUAUUCUAGGUAGCAGUUCUCAGGGAAAGCUCAAACAGAAAAGUUAUGAAUAACCACAGUGUUAGAAAAGUGUUCUCAGCAUGUAGCGAUGUUUACAUUUACAUUACAGUAAAUACUACAUCAUUGAUGUCAUAUGACUUUGUGAUUAAGGUCUCGGCAUAUGCACACAAGAGAAUAUCCCCACAUAGUACUGUCAUCACAAAUGCCAGUUGUUUAUUGUAUCGUACACACACAAACGUGUUGCCACUGCCACGAUAAAAAACCACCCAUUUCAGGAACUGUGCUGAUCUAUAGGCUUCAUAGAUCAUGGUGCAAUCUUUUAUCCUGUUCAUUCUUACUGUCCCAGUGUAGUAGAUUCCUCUUUCUUUCAGGUGUUCCGCUAGUGGCACUGAUGUAAAAUAGUUAUCUGCAAAAACCUUGUGACUUUUUUUUCCUGCUCAAAGAGUUGCUGUCAUUUUUAGGACAAUAUCUACACUAACACCAACAUCACAUUUAUAUUUGUUUGGAUUUUCUGCCCCUUGACAAAUGUCAAAAUCAUAAAGGAAACCAUAUUGCCCAGCACAUCCCCAUAUUCUGAACCCCCAUUUACUGAAAGUAAUGUUGUAUGUGCGGAAGUUAAUACUGUUUUCCUUAAAAUAACACACCUCACUGCUUUUGUACCAUACACAAAGGUUAGUGACACUUCAUUUAACCUACAUUCUUUAAAUUAAUAUUUAAAGGGUUCCUGUUCGCUAUAAAGUGACCUAACGUUUAGCUACCUGCUGUGUGUAAAUACUAAAAUUAGCCGUGUUUGCUAGUAAGCGAGCUAACGUUAUGCUAACCGCUGUGUCUAAAUACUGAAAUCAGGGUUUGUUCAAGGUGCUUGUGUAACUGGUUCACAAAACCAAUUAUAUGUAUUUAUUCAUUUUAUUCUGCUGCUGCGUGUCUCUGUUAUGAACUUUCCAAAACCUUGGUGUUUAACUUAAAAAUACAUUCGAAAAUUCUGUGUGGGUCAUACAACACUAUUUUUGAUGGGAACUACAAUGCAAGGUGUUCAGUUCAGGUGGGACACUUAUCAGUGAUGCACACUCUCAGAU